UGAUGAGGACAGCAACAGUAGCUCUGUUCACAGGUGCUGGCUGAUGCAUCUGCAGAUUCUUUUGUCUUUUUCUGACUACUCAUAAAACAUCUCGACUUGAACCAACCAGAAGUGAGCCCACCCAUUUUCUGCAACGUGUUUCUACACGUCUCUGCAGCUCCAAGCCUCUUGUUCUCAGCUUUCCCUUCGAAGUGACAGUCUUGGCCUCUGGAGGAUCGUUUCACACUGAAAUACUUUGUUUCUUCCCAAAAACUAAAAAAAAAAAACAAAUAAAAAAAUCUCAGAGGGAAUGGCAGAGCGGGGUCACUGCUCUGCGUUUGUAGUGGACACUCAUAUGAUACGACCUGCGGUGCCGCCGAGGCUGAAGAAAGGGGGCCAACGUAGCCUGAGCGCUGCUCAGACCCUCUUGUUCCUGCUGGUGGCCCUGGCGCUGUGUGGCAUGAUCAUCGAAGCCUGCUUCAUUUAUCGACUCUACCAAACUGAACAAAUCUCCUCAGCAACAAUCUCAAAACUCCUUGCAGAUGAAACUUCUCCCACAAGACCUCCUGGUGAAGAUCUUCCUCCAUCCAAACCAGUCGCACAUUUAACAGACGGCGCAGAUGUGGAGCAUCACAAACAUGUCAUGAGAUGGAGCAUGGUCGCAGAUCCAAUCCUUCACAAGAUGAAGUACGAAAACGGGACACUUAUCAUCCAGGAAGAGGGCUACUACUAUGUCUAUUCCAAGGUUUUCUUUUUCUUAAGCAGUGAAAGCUUUACUCAUGAAAUAAACGUAAAGACUGAAAGGUACACUGGAGGAUCCAUUCUCCUCUUGCAGUCCAGGAACAUUUCUCCAAGGUCUGGUAGAAUCCAAUCCAACAGUUUUCUGGGGGGAGUGUUUCACUUGUACAAAAAUGAUGCCGUUUACGUACAUACGAGCAACACAGCAAGAAUCGCACGGCACAAAUCGGUUGAGAACGUCUUYGGUGCAUAUAUGAUAUAAAUAUCACAUUGAUAUUUUCCUAUUAGUGUAAAAGGGAAGUGAGAGGAUGUGAUUGAGACGUGAUUUUGAGAAAACCUUAAAACUUUAGCUGGAAUGUUUUCUCGUGAGGAUGGGUAAGGUUAGUUAUUUAGACUUAGAAAAGCUUUUUAUGAGAAGCAGAUAUUACUUCAAAAAGACACUUAUAGUAAACGAUAGAGGUACUUCUUCUUCAUCAGAAAUCCAGACUACUAAUCCGACCUGAGGAAGCCACAAUAGAUAACAGCCAACGACAAGACACGGCUGUUUCAGAUUAUGUGUCACGGCAACGACAUGGAAUCAUGAGUCCCUUCUUUUUGCACAAUAAUUAACUCAACAUCUUGAGACAAUAACAUAAGAAUUAAUAAUAUGUAUGUCUGGUCUUAGUUUUUCUAAGCAAUUUGUUGACAAUGCAUGUCUGAACUUGUCCUCUCCUCUUAGACAMAUCAGAACUUUGCUCAGGGAUUUUUUUUUUGUUGUUAAAUGUGUAAAACAUCAAAGUGACAUGUGUGAAAUGCUCUCUGCACUUUGAACUUUGUGGUGGCUUUCUGUAUGCGAGURAAAACUUUUUAAAAUCAACAUCAAAUCAAAAUGAACAAAGUGACAGAUUUAGCUGUUUUUGAUGAUCUUUGUAUUAUUUCAAAUCAAUUUAUGCAGAAAUUUUAAAAAGACAAAGACUGGGAUUUUGUUUUUUUUUAUACUUUGACCAGUUAAACAUUAUUUAUUCUUUCCAGAUAAAACUGUAUUGUAAUUUUUUAAAAUAAUUUUGCUGUAUUUAUGCAAAACUGCACUGAAAUAAACUUGUAAUCACCUGAAAA